GUUCAGUUACUCAACGAGCGUCCAAUAAGAAACAGUGAGAGAGCUCCGCUGAAAGUGCAUACAGUAAAUACUAUAUUUAACGAUUUCGAAUUGCUUCGCGGCGUGGGCGUCUUCUUGCUCAACUCGUCCCCCUCGCGUCUCGUAUCUUGCGUCUCGCUCUAACAACGCCGGCAGUUGCACUUAGUGUGAGUGUGUGUGUGUGUGAGUGCGAGUGUGUCGGUGUGAGUGCGUGCGUGUCUGUUUGUGGUUUUCUGAAAGAAUGUGAGAAAUCAUAAUAAAGUCGCGUCGCGAGUUUUUGCUGCCAAUACGGCAUAUAAUUAGCCAAUAUUUAUCACACAUGUGUGUGUUUCAAGCUUAUUUGUGUGUGAACAAAGUCAAGGAUCCCGCUUUGGCCGAAAGAAAUGCAAUCCUGAUGGCAGGAUCAAGGUAAAAUGGAAACAUUUGGGAUCUACUAUAUGAAUGAACCAAAGUUGAAGAAGAAGCAGCAGCAGAAGCAGCAACAACCAAACGGCAGCUAGGAGAGCGAAAGAGAGCGAAGGCAAACAAACGAAAAUACAAAAAAAAAAAGUUAAAAAAAGGGAAAACAACAACAAAAGUAAUUUGCAUCGGCUGUUAGCGGAGCAGCCUCGACAUCAGACCCAUCCUCAGCCCCGGUUCCAGAUCCAGCCUCGAGAGCAGUAGCAGUAGCAGUCACAGCCAGAUCCACAUCCACAUCCAGCUCCACCUCCGCAUCCACAACCACAUCCACAUUCACAGACAUGGUGAUAAGCAAACCCGAUGGAGCGGCGCCCAAUGGAGCGGCGGGAGGAGCGGGCGCCACACCAGCCGCACAGGCAGCUGCUCCAGCUGGCCUCGAUGCCGCCGGGAAUAGUCUGGCGCAUCCCUCGGGGAUACCGCAGGACCAAAUAGACAAUAUCAUGAGCGGCAUCGCCAAUACCGGCAACGUCAAAAUGAACAAUCACCGCAAGAAGCUGCGACAAAGAUUUGAUAUUAUUAAGAAACUAGGACAAGGCACCUACGGCAAGGUGCAAUUAGGUAUUAAUAAGGAAACCGGCCAGGAGGUGGCCAUCAAAACCAUCAAGAAGUGCAAAAUCGAGGCCGAGGCGGAUUUGGUGCGCAUCCGGCGCGAAGUGCAGAUCAUGAGCUCAGUGCAUCAUCCCAACAUCAUCCACAUCUACGAAGUAUUCGAGAACCGUGAGAAAAUGGUGCUAGUCAUGGAGUUUGCCGCUGGCGGCGAGCUCUACGACUAUCUGUCCGAAAGGAAGGUUCUCACCGAGGAGGAGGCGCGUCGGAUCUUCCGCCAGGUGGCCACCGCCGUCUACUACUGUCACAAGCACAAGAUCUGCCAUCGCGAUCUCAAACUGGAGAACAUCCUGCUGGACGAGAAGGGCAAUGCCAAGAUUGCGGAUUUUGGUCUGUCGAAUGUGUUUGAUGACCAGCGCCUGCUGGGCACCUUCUGCGGUUCCCCACUCUACGCCUCGCCAGAAAUCGUGGAAGGAACUCCGUACCAGGGGCCCGAGGUGGACUGCUGGUCACUGGGCGUGCUGCUCUACACGCUGGUCUACGGCUCCAUGCCCUUCGACGGGUCCAACUUUAAGCGGCUGGUGAAGCAGAUUAGUCAGGGUGACUACUAUGAGCCCAAGAAACCUUCGAGAGCCUCUACUCUGAUCCGCGACAUGCUGACUGUGUGUCCAAGGAAGCGGGCUAGCAUUGAACAGAUCUGCUCGCAUUGGUGGGUGAACGAGAACGAUAAUGUAUCCUGUCUGGACUUGGCCGAGGAUCUGGCCAAUCAGACCCCCGUGCGAUUGGAUGUCCUGCUGUCACUCACGCCGGCCACAAUUACGGCGGAUCAGCUGGUGGUGCCAUCGGCGGAGGGAGCUGCUGCAGCCAAGGCGGCGGCCAAUGAACGCGUUCCUCGCUCCCAUUCGGUGGGCUCGAUCCGGGACAUGGGACCACCGAACACGGAGGCGGAGCGCCGCAUCCUGGACAUGGUGGCCGCUGGUGGAGAAGCCGCACUGAUGCCCUCACCCACCAGGACCAUUACUCCCGCCCAGAGUCCGGUGCAGACGAAGAGGAAGCUGCAGCCCACUGUUUCCACGGAGAAUGCAGCCGGAACCACAGCCAAAAAGAAGGAGAAGCCGGCCAAUAGCUCGUUUGUGAUCAGCAAGGAUGGGGCGCCACUGACUGAGGCACCUCCACCCACCAUCAUCGAACCCCAAGUCACGCCCAUGGAGGCGGAAACGAUUGCCAAUGUACCAGAGGAAGUUCCAGCUCCCAGUUACUCCCAGAAAGACAUGCAAAUGGUGGGUGAUCUCUGCGAACAGCUGAUGGGAGAUGGAACCAAAAGCAGCAGCACCACCUCACCGGCAGCUGCACCACCUGCACCCACACCAGUUUCUCGCCAGGCCACCAGGGGAAAACUGGACGCUGUGGUGGAGACUCCGGAGGAGAAGGAUGCCACCAAGGUGAUCAAGAAGUUUGUGAACAAGCACAAGACCGCCGAUCUGGUGAAUGCCAUCAAUGAAAGUGCCUCCAAGGCCACGGCGCCAGUGGUGGCUCCACCACCCUUUGUGCGCAAGUGCAGCCUGCAGGAUGAGUCCACGCUGAACAAGUUCAAUGCGGAGCGGAGGAAAUCGCGAAUCCUGGAAACUGCCGAGAAGUUCCAACCCCCGCCGCCGGUGACAGGAGCAGGAGCAGCAGCAGCUCCGGAGAAACCCAAGAAACUUAGCAUACCCGGCGUCAGUGUGGGCAGUUUUAAGAAGGAGUUCGAGAAGAAGGCCACCAAUCCGCCGCCUGUCGAAGGGCCCACGCCCGGUGAGCUGAGGGCUCAGGAGCAGGUUGCUGCAGCGGCUGCGGCCGCCCAGGAAGCCGAAGCCCUGAGCACGCCACCCCCGUCACCAGGGGUGGCCCAAUCCCUGGAGGGCAGCGACUCUAAGAACUCGGUGGCCUCGGUUUCCCUGGACGAGGCCCGACGCUCCAUGGAGAACUCCAUUGCCCUACUGCUGCAGGCCCAAAACGAGUCCAGCAAGGAGGUGGACCAGCUGUGUGCCCAAACGGAGACCAUCGGGGUCAGUGAACCCGCAACUCAGCAGGAGCGCGAGCGUAAGUUGAAGAACGCCCGCGCCAUCAUCGGAAAUGCCAUUCAGCCAGUGAUACGCAGGCCAACACCGUUUUAUGGCAUCGGCAACGGCAACGGCUUUGGCAGUGGCAUGGUGGGUGGAAGUGGAGUGGGUGGUGGUGGUGCUGGUGGUAACAUUGCACCCAAGCGCGUCCAGAGUGGCAGCAAUUUUAUGGGCUAUUCGGGAGGAAUAUCACCGGGAGCAGGAGCAACAUCGCCACCGAUUUUGGGACCCCAGACGGCACCGCCAGUGCUUAUAUCACCCAAUGCUUUGGCUGCCGCGAAGCAAACGAUACAACAGAGGAUUUUUGGAGGUGGAUUGCCCAGUCCCAAUAGUCAGUCUGCAAACCGAAGACCAGCCACUUGGCAACCGCAGAACUCCUACAGCACGGCCAGCAUUUUCCAGCCGCCGCCGAGUGCGCAGAGUCCCUUCAAGAUGCUGCAGCAGCAAUAUCAGCAGCGCUGCCAGGAGGAUCAGAAGACCAGUGCUCUAUUCACACCACCUCCAUCGCCACAAUAUGCCGCCAGCCACGCCCUCGCCGCCCAACCAGCAGCAACCUAUGGGAACAGCGGCAGCAACAUCAGCGGUGCCAGCAGCAACAGCAAAAGCAACAACAGAGGCAACAGCAACAGCAGCAACAUGGGCAACUGCAACACGCUGCCCAAUGUCAAAUACAAUGUCAAUUCGCGCACGAGACCAUUCAAUCAUAAUCAAGCUCAAGACACACUCAAUACCAAUGCCAGUGCCAGUGCUACAUGUGCCUUGCCUGUGGCUAUGUGGCUGAAAUCCUCACCGGGAAUCGAAGGACCUCCAACUCCACCCGGAGCAGUGAAGACAUCGACGGCCUCGAUUACCCUCAAAUCGGCCACCCUGCCGCGUCGCAAGAUAAACGCCAAGGCGGAGGUGCAGUUGGACAUCAAGCCACGAAUCCCGGAACAGGGGGCACCUCCCCAGCCGGGGAUGCGUUUCAGCACGGAGAUGCAACAUCCGGUGGCCGAUCUGCGCAGUGCCCCGCCCCGCGAUGGCCCCAUCCCCUACAGCCCCAUCAAGACGACGGUGCAGGCGAGGGCCACCAGCCUGGAGCCCAAGGAGCACGUCAUCACCAUCCAGCGACCGCCCACGCAGCACGCCUACGGACGCACCAGCUCCAACACAACCACGCGUUCCGGCUCGCUGUCACGGCAGUCGACGGUGGAAUCCGAGUCGGAUGCGACCACCACGGCCACGAAUCUGUCGCAGGCCACCAUCACGAGCACCUCGCAGCCCAUCAAGAAGAGUCCGCGGGAGUUUAUCAUCCCGAUUGCCGUCGAGGGAGGCGGUUUCAUCACGCCCCGGGAACGCAGCGUGGAGCCUUCGGAAUCGAGCCACACCACCAGCAGUCGGUCCACGUUCACCCGCCUGCGUCCAUCGCGUCGCAUUGGCUCACUGUUAAGCGAGGCGGGCUUCGAUGAGGGCUCGCCAUUCCAGAAGAUGCGCACCACGUCGAUAUCCCGGGAUGGCGUCAGCGGAGGAGCCGAGGAUGAGGCCCGCUUCACCCCGCACCGACUCAGAAGCUCAAGACCUGUCAAGAAAAUUAGUCAAGACAACGAUUCGCAAAGCUCCAACGAGGAGGACGAUGACGAUGACGAUGGCUUUGAGAUACUCACGGCGGAGAAUCUGUUCUCGACUUUGCUGCAGCGGGUGCGGGCCCUAACGAAUCGCCUGAAUGUCAACAGUGACCUGUCGGUCGGUUUCCCCAGCCAUUCUAGUCGCCUGCUGACGGACAUUUCGCGGCAGGCCCAAAGUCACAGUCCAUUCUGGAGCCAGGGCAGUCCCUUUGCCAGUGUGCUUAGAUCUCAAGUUAGUUAUACGUAUAGCGAAACGGUCGAGAAGAAGAAAGUCCGCCUGAACAGCAGCAACAGCAGCGGAUUGGGAGCUCCGUGGCGACAUAGUAUGUCCCGGGAUCUGGGCAGCGACAUGGAAUCGAUGUUCUCGCGCACGGGGGCCACGCUGCCAAGAGGUCAUCAUCAAGGCAAGGGUAAACCCAGCUCAGCUCCUGCCCAGGUGGAAAAGGAUUCGGUUAAUGGAUCUUCAACGGCAACUGGGAGCAGCGAGGAACCCUUGGACCUGGCGGAUUUGGAUCUCUCCAGGCUGCGAUUGAGCAAAAAGGAUUUGGAGACCUUAUCCAGCAUCACACCUGGAUUGCCCAAAUGUUUUCAGGAGCAGUUGCUGGCCAAGCUGCCUCCCACUCAGGCACGCAAGCUAUCCCGCACCCUGAGCGUUCAGACCAGUGCUCCCAGUAGCUCCUCCACUCCAAAGGUCUACAAACGCAGCCAGAGCGGCGGAAGGGGCUACCAGCCGGAUCAGCAGCAGCAGCAACAGGAGGAUUUGGUGGACCUGACCAAGAGCAAACCCCUAACUGAUGCACCCAAGACCACUGCAGCUAGCACAGCCAUUUACAGGCGAAGCCUCAGUCGCAGUCUGGCGCCCACGCAGAAUUCUGGCCAGGAUUCAGAGAGCCGGGCCACCGCACAGACAACUAAAAGCCGCAGCAGCAGUGUCUGCCGGGAUGACUAUGGCAAAUCCUCCCUGUGCAGCAGCAGCACUUACACCAGCGACAUCAGCGAGAAGUACAAGUACUACUCCCCCUAUCUCAGCAAAUCCAGCAUUGUGAGUCCAUCCCAGGCUGCCAAGGAUGCGCCGGAGAAGCGUUACAGUGGUGGACUUGGACGUCCUCCAAGUGGUUGUCUUUCCCCACCACCGCAACUGCCACAAGUGGCUGCCACGGAGGGCAGCAGUUCUCUGAGGAUUGGACGCUCCUCGCAGCGACGAAUUUCCCGCUUUCUGCGUCCCGACUUCUUCGAUGAUCCCAGGGAUCGGGAAACCCAGAGCAUGCUCAGGGAAAUCCGAGAAAAAUCCAUCGAUCGUCAGGAAAGGGGGCAGGAGCAGGAGCAGACGCAGGCGCAGGCGCAGGCGCAGGCACAGGAUCUGAGGCGUCGCAAGCACAGUUUGCCCAAUGUGGAUCAGGCAGAGGCACCUCCGGAAGCGGCACCAAUCAGAUCCUCCAUGCGACAUUCACGCAACAAGAGCAUGGAACUAUUUACCGAUGCCGAAUCAAAUGGUCAGGUUCAGGAACCAGUGAAAUCCUCAUCAGCCAGGCAGCGAAGUGUUUCGAGGGCUCGGGAACUGGAAACAGAACUGGACAAGCACGAGCUGGCGGACAAGAUACUCCAGGAGCUGCAGCUCCUAUCCGCCGUGAGAACCCAACAUGAACAGGCUCAGGAAUCGGAGAAAACGGAAGAGACAUCCACUAUCAAAAAGGUGAAGAAAUUGAAGCCCAAGGAAUCCCCAGCAAAUGAGCCAGAGCCAACCAAAAUAUCUUCCAUGACUACCUCAUCAUCAACCACUUUGGUGAGAAAAGUCAAGAAAGUGGUUAAGAAAACGGAUGAAGGUGCCAAGGCAACUGGCACCGAGAGUGCUGAUCUGGUUAGCUCUGCUCCCAAGGAAACCAAAUUGAAGAGACCCAAAUCGUAUCCCAUGAAAGAUCUUGGCUUGAGCCUCAAAUCCUCUGCUGAUCUUCCAGAACCAACUGCCUCACUACUGCCCAGCAAACUGCCCAGCAAGCUGCCUUCGGGGCUCACCAAUGAAUCUGCAGGAGAGCCUGCUCCUCGAGAAAGUCGGCUGAUGAGGCCAAAAAGCUACCCAGCCACCAAACUGGCCACGCCCAAAGACCUGCGCAAGGUAACCCGCAGUGGAGUGGCCAUACCCACUAUAACAGAAGCUAUUCCUACUCCAUCGGCCAUGGCGACGCCCACUAGUUCUAAGUCUACUUCCGAGGAGAAAUCACUGUCAGCCACACUAACUGGAACCAUGUCUACCGUUACGGAUGCCAAGGAUACGGGUUCUUCCUCCAGCGAUUCGCGACCCACGACCAUUAAGAAGAUCAUCAAGGUGUCCAAGAAAUCCAAGCUUAUACCACCCACACCUGUGACCCCCACCACACCAACCACAACUGCAACCACCACUGCAAAUACCACACCUGUAGACAGCUCCAAGGAGUCGAGUCCGGUGAUCAAGGCCAAGGAGAAGUCACCGGAGAAGAAGCCCAGCAAGGGAUUACUCUACGCUUUGGGGCAGAAGUUCGAGAAACUGCGGGACUCCGCCAUGAGCAAGGAGAAAAAGGCUGGCUCUGCUGGAGCGGCAGCAGCAUCCCUGGCCUGCACCCAAAAGCAGGGAUCCCCAGAGGAACGCAGCUCGCCGGAGAAGUACAAGAAGAAGGUUGUGGAAACGGAAAAAUCCCAAGAUAUUGCUGCCCCAGAAGACAAACGAGUGGAUAAACGAUCUCGCUUUGACACUAUGCUGCGCUCCUUGAGGGAGAGAUCCGUACCCAGGUCCCAACCCAAUGGACGAGUGAGUCCCAAGCGAGCAGCCAGUGUGGAGGAGCUCCAUGCCGGGUCACAAGAGGGCCAGGGUAAAUCCGGUGGAGCAGUUAACAAGAUGUUCGGAGGCUUCUUGCGUCGCUUCGACAGGGAGAGUAGUGAACAACGCCGGGUCAGGAGCACCCGAUCCACUAGCAAUAUUGAGCGGCAAGUGCGUGAGGAGCAGGAUCGGCUGCUGGAUGCUUCGCUGCCCACAUCACCCAUCUAUCAGAAUGUGGUCAAGACCCAAGGGUCGAAGGUCAAGGCUACUCCAACGCCAGCAGCUGUUGAGGAGAACUGCAAUUGCGAGACAGCCUGUCCAGAUUGCCGGCAAAACAAGGUCCAGAACCUGACCACCAGCAGUGCUCCAAGCAAUACAGCACAAGCUGCAAGCAGCAAGGAGAAGCGGAAGGGUCUGAUGCUGGAUUUGGCCAGCGCCAAUGCCUCUGGCAGCGGAGCUCCCAGCUCGGUGACCACAGCCACCACAACCACCACCAGCGGGAGCAGCUAUCGUGGAUCCAAAACCAAUCCGGCCUUGCUCAAUGGCAACGGGGCAUUGGGCAUGGGCAUCUACUCGAAUCUGCCCCCCUAUCCGGGAGCCAUCAAGAGUGCCAGCUCCAACAACAGCUCCAGCCAACAGUCCAUGGAGAAUGCCACCAACAAUAACUCUACCAAUACCAACAAUAACUGCAGUUCGCAAACCUCUGGCUACAGGACCUCAUCGGCCCAUGAGAUCAAUCGGAACAAUCCCCUGCUGACGCCCUCGUUCGAGAACAUUGCCAACUACUCCUCGGAUUCGAGGAGCUAUCAAGAUGACUGCGCCUCUACCUCGACCUUUCUUUCGCCCACCGAAGAGCCGGAGUUGUACUUUGACAAUUGGUCCAUCUGCUCUGAGGACAACUAUAUGUUGCAUGCCACGCCCUCGCCCACGGUUUCCCGGCUAUCCAGGGCUUCCCUGUCCUCGCCCACCCGCUGUUCCGAGAGCUCUGAUCCCAACGAGAGUGUGAUCGAUAGGAUCAAGCGACGCAGCUUCUACAGCCGUUUCAAUGAGCAAAAGAAACCAAGACGUACGAGCAGCAUAGUGGGUCCUUCGGCGGUGAGGGAUUACUAUAGGGAGCAACAGGCGGCGGUUAAGGCGCGUUCCAGUCACAAGCUGCAUGCUCCGGAUCCCAUGGAUCCACCGCCAAGAGCCCAUUCGCCGGACAUAGCCCAGCAGUUCUUCAGGCCGCUGAAACUGAGUCCCGUGGGCACGGAACUCAAGCCACCGGUCUACCGCUCGCCACUAGAUUACUCGGCCUCCUCGGCGGGGGCCACCAGCAAGCCGAGGAAGAGCUUGAACGACAUUAGGAAUACCUCACCCUCGUUCCUUAGCAAACGGUACGAGACAACCGACUACAGUUCGGUGCCCAUGCGGUACAAAAGCUCCUCCAGUUCGAGUCCCAGCAAUGGAGCCAUUGCCAGUGGCUAUUACAAUACCUACAAUCCGAAGCGCAGGUCAUCAUAUACGCUGAAUGGCAGCCUACCCACUGCCACGAGCGGAAGCAGUGCAGCCGGGAGCAGCCACCUAGAUGGCUAUGCCACCCUGGGCAGGCGAUCCAUUAGGCCCUAUGAUCAUCGUACCAUGUCCCUCCUGGAGCCACCGACGACGAGCAGCAGCCGGAGCGGUGAGGGAGUUUCCUCCUAUCAGAGGAGAGAGGCGAGGACGCCAGUUAGGGAUUACACCUCCAGCAUUUCACGCUCCGGAUCACGUUACCGCACUUCAUCGGCCACUCGCAGUCCGACAAACAUUUGAUGUUCCACACCGCAGAACGGCUUCUGCAUCUUUUGCUACUACUCCAAACGGAAGAAGGUGAAUCCCGGGCACGGACAUGGCCAGGCCAUGGGCACGCCGCCCAACACGACCGCCUCCUCGUCAUCCUCGCGUGCCAGCAGCGGCGGAGCCAAAAAGCAACAGCUCCAGCCCGCCCACUACAACCAUCAUCACAACGAGCAGCACAAGUUCUAGACUGGCCCCCUAUCCGAUCCCAGAGCCCCAAUACUAUAUACCAAACACCAGAUACCAACUACCAAAUCCCACUUAGGCUUAGAGAUUUUUGAUAAUUUUUUUUAUGGAACUUAGCCAAAGUUAUACUCUAGUGCAGACUUUUGGACGCUGCCCCUAGUCGUAGGUUUGUUGUAGUUUGGAUAUAGCGGAGUUUCAGCCAUAGAUCGUGACUCUAAAAAAAAAUGCGCAUAUGCAUUAUAUAUAUAUACGAUUUUCAAAUGAUUGUGCCUUGGUUCCUUCGGUGGUUUUAGAUUUAGACAAUAGUCAUAAAACGUUGAUUUUAAUCUGUAAGUUUGUAAGCGGAGCGAAAGCGGAAACGGAAGUGGGUAGAGAAGAGAGACAACCGGAAAUGAGAGACGUGUUUCACAAUAUAUGUAUAUGUAUUUUCUAUGCUAUUUUUGUGAGGAUACCUCGCGCCGAAAAUGCGUUAAAAUUUCUAUGAAAUAAUUUUAACAACAAUUUUUUGCAUUAUACAGAACUGAUGGAUUGUUUUCGAGAUUUGAGAAUAUAGAGUUUAAUAGGGACAACUUUCGUUUGCUAGGACUAUUGAUGUUAUUGCGAAAUAAUAGAAAAUAUGCGAAUUGUGAGCGAAACGAUGAGAGAGUGUUAGGUAAAACGUAGGUAACAAACGAUAAGCGAAUUUAAAAAGCAAAUUAAUAAAAACACACGGAACAAAAAGUAAUAGAUCUAGAGUUUUGGGUAGAAUCCGAAUUCGAAGUUCAAAUUGUAAUUAGAGCGUGAGCACGAGCAGCGUUUUCUAAAAAUAAAUAAAAACCGAAUCACCAAA